AUGGCCGACACACAAAAUCGAUACUACCCCCUGGACUCUUCCCUGGCUCGGAAGCACAGGGGGAGACUUAAUCCCAUAAUCGAGGAGGAUAGUGACGAUGGCAUGGCCCAGCACGGAGGUCGCAGGCUAAGACGAACCGGCAAUGCUCAACUCAAGAUCGAGGCUUGGUUGACACCGAUGAGCGAUCACUUCCCGACACCAAGGGGAAUGCAUUACCUCUCCGCCCCAGUUCUACCAUCUUCACCCUCAGCUGACUCGGCCACCGACACUUCACCAACAACCUCCAGCAAUCCCUGGAACCGCCAGAGUGUUGCCACCGAGGCUACCGAGUUUGAGGAUCUCUACGAUGUGACGGAUGAUGAGGAUGAUAUGGUCAGGAGGAGGGCGUCUGCUAAGUCGAGGCAGGCCCCGACAAAGCAGCCCACUCCGCUUGUCAUCCCAGCAACCCGCGACAAUACUGUCGAGUCGUGGUCUGCUGUGGACAACAUGAAGAAGUCACUGACUUCACCAGUCCCUUUGACCCCAUCCGUCAAACUCACCAUGUCGCCCGCUCAGAUGGAGUUCAUGCACGAACAACAUGCCGCACCAACACCGACAAUGUCAGCACCUCCGUCCCUGGAUGGCAGCUUGACUUCUGAGCAGCUCGCGGCAAUGAGCGCACCACCCACGCCCAUCAUUGGUAAUGAGGAAUCAGUUACGGAUGAUGCUUGGGCUGGCGUUCAGCUCCAGCCUGGUGCCCUGGCCACCCUUCAAGCCCUUGCAAGCGGCGAGGAGAACCCUCAUGAGCAACCAUCUCAGGUUCUUGAGGUUCACGAGCAACAGCCUGUACACCAAAUUAUGGAGAUGCGACAACAACCACUGCGACUCAUCACCAGUUUUCAGCCGCAGUCCGCUAUCAACAGGGCUUUCUCUCCCAACACCAACCGCCAAUCUCUGGCCGACUUGACCAAGCUUGAUAUCCCCUCUCCAGGCGGAUUUUUCUCUGGCCUGUCUCCACGAACCCGCAACACAUGGCACAUGCCCUCCAAGUCUCCUGAGGACAUGGCACCGCCUACAUCGACCACUGCCGAGCAGUUCUACCGAUGCCCCUGGAACGCGGAUGCGUCUGUCCCUUCUGUUCCAAAGCGCAAGGACUUCGUCGAGGAUUUUUACCGUAACGUCAGAUUCACUCCCGCUCCUACCGAGCCCAUCGUUGAACAGGUAGUUGAACUCAAGGAGGAGGAUGACUUCUCAGAUGAUAUGCCCACUGCUCGCCCCGUUUUUGAGCACAAGACCGCUCCUUCCACCGUGGAGUCUGUCGAAGCUCCUGCUUCUCCUCAAGCUGAAGACGCUCCCACUGAGAUUGUCGUCGAUUACGAUCCCGACUAUGCUCGCAAGCAGCAGAAGGAGGCACUCUCUCACUUUGAUCGCACUGAGCUCUGGCUCAUGGCUCAACGGUCCUACCUUCGCGGUGUCCAGGACGACACUUCUGAGGAUGAUGGUGGUCUCAACACUAUUGCUGAGGAGGCCGAGGACGAGGCUGAGCCCUCCAUGAUCCAGAGCGCACUCCCUCCCCUCAAGGUCCAGCCUGAGCAAUCCAUUGCUCCCCUCAAGAAGAGUGUUCGCUUUUCCAACCUGGUCUCUACAUCCGAUCACCCCAAGCGUCUGCCUUCCAUGCUCGUCCGCCGCGAAUCUGCUUACUACCGAGCAUUCCAAGACUACAUCAUUCGUAUCCAGCGUCAAGAUGUGUUUGUUCACCAGCUCGCUCGCUUUGAGGCCAUCCAGGCCCAGCGUGUUUCUCUUCGAGAAUCCCACCGCAACCAGCUUCUCGGCAAGUACCAGCUCAGUGUCGUUCCCCAAUCCGCCAAGAAGCGACUCAGUGCCAACGUUGCUCGCGGUGAUGAUACCAUCAUUGACGACCCCGAGAAGCUCCGACAUGAGAAGGAGGUUGAGGCCAUGAACCAGAUGACCGUUGCUGCUUGGCACGUUGCCGCUAUGAAGAUGCUCAAUGGUGGCCGCCUGAUUUCUGCCCCAGUGACCAAGAGACUUGCUCGUCUCUCUCGCGCUGCUCCCAACAAGAGCGGUGUUGUCCGCGAGCGCGCCAGAGUUCUCGAUCUCGGUGGACAGACUACCUGCGACUGGGCGUGGCACUGCGCGCUCCAAUACCCCAACACCAAGGUUUACACCGUCACCACCAAGUCUAUUCGUCAACUCUCCAACUGUAACGUCCGCGGUCCUCCCAACCACCGUCAAGUCGCCGUUGAGAAGUUCUCCCGUCUUCCCUUUGCAGACGACCAGUUUGAUCUCAUUUCUGCUCGAGAGCUUCACAGCAUCCUCAAGCUCUUUGGCGAGAACGGCGAAGAUGAGUGGGACACUUGCCUCAAGGAGUGCAUGCGUGUCCUCAAGCCUGGUGGCUACCUCGACUUUUCUCUUCUCGACUCCGACAUCAUCAACGCUGGUCCCGUCGGACUGGCCAAGAGCGUCGAGUUCGGUUUUGCUCUCAAGACUCUGGGAUAUGAUCCCAACCCCACCAAGCUCUGGCUUGCCCGUCUAGCCCGCGCCGGCUUCCAAGACACUCGUCGCAUCUGGAUGUGUCUCCCAAUGGGUGCCAGGCGAAGCAUGUACAAGCCCCCCACUCCCCCCAUGAAGGACAGCCCCGAUGGACAGGACGUCAAGACCUGUCAGAUGGACGCCAUGGUGAUGGGAAGCAGUGACGAUAUUGCCAGUGCUUGCAGUAUUGCUGGCGGCUGGAACUGGGAGCGAUGGCUCCUCCGCUGUGAGAUGGAGAAGGUUGCUGGUGAGCUGCGACUCGCCGAUACCACCACUACUGGAACUGCCAUGGAAGAGGCUGGCAAAUGUCUGGACGGUGUUGCCGCUGUAUUCGAGGAAGGCCGAAACUGUAAGUCCGGCUUCCGAAUGCUCAACGGCUAUGCCCAGAAGCCCAAGGCUGGUACUGAGACCAUCAAGAUUGCUCUCCGCGAGUGA